AGGUCUCAAUGACACGCCCACAUUUCUUUCGCGCAUGGUGGACUGAGAUGUUGUUGUGUUAAUGUUGUUCCGUAAGUCUUGCUAAAUCUGUGUGUUAUUAUGCGACAUCAUGGGUGCUAGACGAUGUAUGUCCAGUUUGCCCCCGUUUGUGGAACAAUGAAAUAGAUGUGAGACGGCAGAACCGAUGCUCAAACGAAACGCUACCUUUGGACAUUGAGCUUGCUAGCUUGCUAUGCUAGCUGGCUACAGUGCCACUUUUGAAGAAUGAAGACCUCCAACGGAAACCCCAGCAUCAUGGACAUGUUUGAAAAGGGAAAAGUCUUGAAAAUAUGUGCUCCAAUGGUUCGAUACUCAAAGCUUGCUUUUAGGUCCUUGGUGAGGAAAUACAACUGUGAUAUCUGCUUCACCCCAAUGAUAGUUGCCUCUGACUUCAUGCGGUCUGUCAAAGCCAGGGACAGUGAAUUCACUACCAAUGAGCAUGACCGGCCCUUGAUAGUGCAGUUUGCUGCCAAUGAUGCCCAGACUCUGGCUGAUGCAGCCUGUGUGGUAGCACCUUUCUCAGAUGGAGUUGACCUCAACUGUGGCUGUCCCCAAAGAUGGGCUAUGUCUGCCGGGUAUGGUGCAUGCCUCAUCAACAAGCCAGAACUUGUGAAAGACAUGGUCAGACAUGUCAGAAACCAAGUGGACAAUCCAAACUAUACAGCAUCCAUCAAAAUAAGAAUUCACAAGGAUCUGAGGCGAACAGUGGACCUGUGUCAGAAGGCUCAAGCAGCCGGUGUGUCUUGGAUAACGGUUCAUGGCCGUACAUCCGAAGAACGCCACCAGCCAGUCCAUUAUGAUGCCAUAAAAACAAUCAAAGACAGCGUUUCCAUCCCUGUAAUCGCAAAUGGGGACAUAAAGUACCUUCGUGAUGUGGAGUCCACCCACCAGCUUACUGGGGUUGAUGGUGUGAUGGCUGCACGAGGUUUGCUUGCUAACCCUGCCAUGUUCACCGGCUAUGAGGAUACACCGUUGGAAUGUAUAUGGGACUGGGUUGACAUUUCUAUAGAGCAGGGCACUCCAUUCACCUGCUUCCACCACCAUCUUAUCUACAUGCUGGAGAGGGUUAGCUCCCAGCCUGAGAGAAAAGUGUUCAAUUCUCUGUCCAGCACCUCAGCUGUAAUAGAUUACCUUCAGAACACAUAUGGGUCAGUGUAUGAUCUGCGAACAAUGACGCUGCAAUGGACUGCUGUGGCCCUCUUUCUCUAUGUUGAGAUAGGCAUUCUUGUCAUCUUCUGUUUACCUUUCAUCUCAGCCAGGAGAUGGCAGAGUAUUUUCCACCUGAGGAUCUGGAACAGUGUGGCACGGUUCUGGAACAAAGUGUUUCUCACAAUGAUCAUAAUACUGAUUGUUCUCUUCCUUGAUGCAGUACGUGAGGUGAGGAAAUAUUCAGGCAAAGAGGUUGGCACAGAUGCCAAGCUUCAGCCAAACAUGUUUGAUCACCUCCACAUGAAGCUUUUCAGAGCCCAGAGGAAUCUCUACAUCUCUGGCUUUGCGGUCUUCCUCUGGCUGGUUAUUAAGCGGGUUGUCACCUUGAUUAACCAACUGGCAUCAAUGUCUGCCACCACGGCAGCUCUUCAGGCGCAGGCCGACACUGCUAACCAGGCUGCCAAGAAAUACAUGGAGGACAAUGAGCUGCUGAAACAGACUCUGAUGGAAGGGAAAGGUGAUAAAGCUACUGCAGAGGGCAUGGAGCUGCUGAGGAAAGACAUGGAGAAACUGAAAGAAGAACUGAAGACCUCGAGAGAUGCCCUGAAGAACUCCAAGUCUGAAGAAGAUGUAUUGAAGAAGCAGAUGGAGGGUCUCGCCAGGGAGUACGACAGACUGUUAAAAGAACACCAGGAGCUCCAGAAUCUUCAAGAUAGUGGAAACAAAAAGGACAACUAGUGAUUGUAAAAGCCGUAAAGGCUGAAGUCUUUACACAACAACUUAACCCAAACCUGAAAGAACCGCUGCAGCACACGCCAUCAUACACCAUCUUAUAACACCCUGUGUCACAGUGCAUAUCACAAAACCAGGAUUGGCUAGUUUAAGCUAAAAACAUUGGCUGAUAUCAGUAACGGUUUAAUGCAUGAAGGCAAAUUUUGAUGAGGGCACCAGACUGGUUUAAAUGGAGUGAGUAAUAUUUAAUGGUUUCCUGUCUCUGCCUGGUGCAGCGUGACUAAGAGGAUUGCUUUUUCAAGUACACACUCUAUCAGGCAGAUUAAUUGUGCAAGGUAAUUGGAGAGAAUUCAGUCAGCAAUCUACCCAGUUCUGGUCACGGAGCACUUAAUAUAUUUAAGAAAUUUGCACAAAGGAUGGAUGUUGUGUUAGGUUUCUGUAAUUGCUUUUUAGCGGGAUGCACAGUGUAGAGUAUAAGGUUUGUGUGAAUUUAGGGCGCUCUGUCAUUGUGUAUACAGCCACGAAUGUAUUUUGAUACAGACGGUUUGCUUCCUGUAUAUAGAAGGGACAUCUGCCACACCCAGUUUGACUUUGGCAACAGUAUGGAAAUUUUGUCUUUGCUUGCAUGGCUGUGCAAAUAUAGUUUGCAUGUACAGUUGCACUUAGACUUGUUUGUUUUCACGUUUUUGUUGUAUUACAGUGGAUGAUGUGGUGACUUUUUUUUAAACCUCAGUAGUGGUGGUGAAUGGUAAUGUUGAAGUUUUCCAUCAUUUAGUGCUUAAUAUUUUCCUUAUCAUUAGAUUUAGGAAAAUGGGUUCAACCACUUAGGAUCUUACAUAAAUUUUAAAAUAAAAUCAGAUUCAAUUAUGGUCGAAGUUAGGGGUUAAAAGACGUGUUAAGUGUGUUUUUGAGCCACAGAAGGUCCAGAUCUUUGGAUAUUUGCUGCAAUGUGUAUUUCAAAUGUUCAUUUUUGGGUUAAUGGAAGUAUGUGUCAUGAAAAGGGGCUGUAUGGAUGGUUUUAUUUCCGUUGUCUAGACAAAGCCUUGUCACUGUGAAAGAAGAGGUGAGAUUGUAAUUAUCCCAUACUUCAGUGUUCUUCUCGAUAAAAUUGCAAAAAUAAGCCCCUUCAAGUUGUGGUAAGGUUGUAUUUCCAUUCAAGACAGACAUCAGAAAUCAGUUUGAAGUGCCUUUUUAUUAGACGUACAACAUUUUGUAAUAAAGCCACAUUUCUUUA